AUGACCAACGCGAGCUCUGCGCCUGCGGGCGAUCCCGUCCACCGUAUCCUGCAGGCUCUAUCCGCCCAGAGCCCCAUCCAGUCCGUCGAUGCCUUCCCCGACGUCCCUUUCCAGGACCUCAAGGCCGCGCUCGACCGGCUGGGCUCGCGGUCUAUGAUCACCUACGAGACCAUCGACCGCGAAGAGGCUGUCUUGGAACCCGAGGCGGAGCAGAUUGCGGCCCAUGGCUCCCACGAGGCCCGCGUCUUUGAUGCCCUGAAGCAGGCCAUGGAGGGCUUGACGGUCCAGGAGCUGGAAAAGGCCAUUGGUGACAAGACUGUAACCAAGCUGGGCCAGGGCAAGGCCUUUAGGGAGAAGUGGAUUUCAAAGGGCAAGGACGGAAAGCUCGUCGCCACCGCCGACUCUAUUCAAGACGUGACGCGCGCGCAGCUGCAACACAUCAAGGAAUCCCGAACCGGAGACGCAAAAGUUCUCAACGACCUCAAGAAGCGCAAGCUCAUCCGCAUGCAAAAGAUUAUCACCUUCAAGAUGGCCAAGGGGCCCAAGUUUGCCCUCGAGAUUCAAAAGGAGGCGACGGAUCUGACAGCCGACAUGAUCACCUCUGGCGCCUGGAAGACGGCCACCUUCAAGCCCUACAAUUUCAAGGCUCUGGGGGCGGAUCAAAGUGCCGGGGCCUUGCACCCGCUCAACAAGGUGCGACACGAGUUUCGACAAAUCUUCUUCGAGAUGGGCUUCGAGGAGAUGCCGACCAACAAGUUUGUCGAGACGGGGUUCUGGAACUUUGACGCCCUCUUUGUGCCGCAGCAGCAUCCUGCGCGUGACAUGCAAGACACAUUUUACAUCUCGGACCCCAAGGUUGCUGAAAAGCCACGGCCGCAAGAGCCGGGCCAGGACACCGAGGCGUAUUGGAACAACGUCAAGGAGGUGCACCAGUCGGGCAGGUACGGAUCCAUUGGCUAUCGCUACCCAUGGUCUGCGGACGAGUCGCUCAAGCUGGUGCUGCGAACGCACACGACGUCCAUCUCGGCCGCCAUGCUGCACAAGCUGGCGAUGACAAAGGGCCCCGACGGGCGGCCGAAGCCGGCGCGGUACUUUUCCAUUGACCGCGUGUUCCGCAACGAGACGGUCGACGCGACGCAUCUUGCCGAGUUCCACCAGGUGGAGGGCGUGAUUGCCGAUUACGGGCUGUCUCUCGGCGGGCUCAUGGAGUUCAUGGAGAUUUUCUUUGGCAAGAUGGGCAUCACAGAUCUCAAGUUCAAGCCGGCGUACAACCCGUACACGGAGCCGAGCAUGGAAAUCUUUAGCUACCACAAGGGCCUAAACAAGCUGGUGGAGAUUGGCAACAGCGGCAUGUUCCGGCCGGAGAUGCUCGAGGCCAUGGGCCUGCCCAAGGACAUGCGCGUGUUUGGAUGGGGCCUGAGCCUGGAACGGCCGACCAUGAUCAAGUACAAGAUCUCCAAUAUCCGGGAGCUGCUGGGCCAUAAGGUAGACCUGGGCUUCAUUGAGAGGAACGCUGCCGUGAGAUUAGAGAGGGAAUAG